AUGGUCGCGCAGUCGUGCAGUGUCGUCGCGUCCGACGCCGUCCUUACGCUCACCGACCUUGAGCUGCCGAGCGCGCCGAUCGCUUGUGGCCGGUCCAUCGCGCAGCAGCGCCAGUACUUCGUGCGCCUCCUCUGCCGCGAAGUCCUCAAAGUCCACGCGCUCCUCCGCGCGCCGUUCGAGAAGCGCCAUGUCAUCGACACGUGCCGGGCUGUCGAAGAGAGCCUCUUCGCCGCAAACGCCGACUGCUUUGAAGCCUACGUGCGCCACAUGCGCUCGCGUGUCCAGCUCAUCGCGAAGAAGGGCUGUGCGCUCGUGCGCCAGACCAGCGACGACGACGUCAUGCCGACGCCGACCGAGUCGACCGACGCAGCGCCGGCCUCCACGACGCCCGAAGAGACGGCCGCCGCGUUCCAGCAAGCGCAGCUGCGGUACACCGUGGGCGCGACGUGGAUAAAGAACCAGCGCAAGCGGUCUCGCUUCCGGUGGAGCGUGGCCAGCCCGGCCGAAGAGGCGCACGUCGACGCCGUCAUGGCCUCGGCCCGCGCCGACGUCCUCGCCUCGCUCCGCACCAUGUAUGCAGACCCGCUAGCUCUGUACGAGGCGCAGCUGCGCCAGUCGCUUGCAGUCCAACACCGGGACUGGGUCGCGUACGACUUGAGCGUCGUCCAGUCGCUGCGGAAAGCGCUUCGCCCCGACACGGAGACAGACGCCGAGACGUCGACGCUCUACACUCAGAUCCAGCGCCUCUUGAAAGAGAAGGCGCUCUUCGACUACAUGUGGGCCAUGGAAAUGGCGUCCACCUGAUUAUUUAACACCCCGCACAGCAGCAGUAGGUCGCUUUCCGUACGAGUAUACACCACGAACAGUUAAUAUAAGAAGCUCCUACGCCUCGA